UCCCCGAUACAAAAUGCAAGGAAGUGACUGCAACUGUCCUCCUUUCCCUGCCUUUCCUCCAUUCCCCCUCCCCCCAUUAGAGAGAGAAAGUGAGGUGAGAGAGAGAGGACAUAUAGAAGAGUGCGUGUGAGAGGGAGACAGAGAGGGAAGAGAAAGUAGUGGAACGGCGACUUUGGUGGUGGCGGACCUGGUAAAGAGAGGGAGAUGCAACUGACCAGGCAGCGUGCGGCGAGCGCUGGUGGGGGAGCGGCCGGUGGAGGGGCGGUGGUGCUGGUCGGUGUGAAAUUAGACGGGGAGAGCAAGGAGCUGCUGACUUGGGCCCUGGUAAAGGUUGCUCAGCCUGGAGAUCGCGUCAUUGCUCUUCACGUCCUUGACUCCUCCUCCUCCUCCUCCUCCAUUGAGGGAACAUCGUCGUUGAUUUCUCUGGUGAAUGCGUUUGAUUCCGUGCUCGCUGUCUAUGAAGGUUUCUGCAACUUGAAAGAGGUGGAUUUGAAGUUGAAGGUAUGCAGAGGGCCAUCAGUGAGUAAAGUGUUAGUUCGGGAAGCAAAAUUGUCCCCAUCAGCAAAGAUAAUUGUGGGAACCUCCAAGACCCAACACAGAAUCCGGUCAUCUGCUUGUGUAGCUAAGUACUGUGCAAGGAAUUUGUCCAAGAAUUUCUCAGUUUGGGCCGUUGAGAGUGGAAAGGUUGUGUUCAAGAGAGAUGUGUCUCAGCUCAAUUCAGAUCCCUCAAAAGAUGAUAAGAGGCACAAACCUUACACGCGCCUGCUCCAUCAUUCUCUGAGCAAAAACUUGAAAUUGGCUGAGAAUUGUGAUGUUGGCAGGAGGCAGUGCGUGCAUAAGUCUGAUUCCUCAUGUGGGUUGAGGAAGGAUUGUGUAGAAACGUCUUCUCAGGAUGUCACAUUAUCAUCAGAAAAGGCUGAAGAUGAUGCGGUUGACAAUUCCUUGGCCCUGGUACCAUUUCAGGAGAUUGAGGAGGCUGCCACAAGCUCAGAUUCCAUAAUAGUUCGAGAAUCGCGUGGAUUUAGACCUGGUUGGUCAUUUCUUCAGCGGAUGUUCUUGCCAAAGUGGCAACAAGCAGAAAAAUCUACCGGAAAGAAGAUAACUGCUGUUCAACGGGUUUUGAGACUACCAAGCACGCAGUCCUCUGCCGUUGUCUAUCCUGAUCAAAAGCAGAGCAACUAUGUUCAAAACGAUGAUCAAUCUUGUGAUUUGAAUGCAGAGCGAGGUGCUAUUGUACCCAUUGGAUCUGAAGGUGUCUGUCCUCUUUCACUUGACAGUGCCUCAAAGAGUACUCUAAAGGAAUUGGAGGGACUACACGAAAAAUAUUCUUCCACUUGCAGAUUGUUCAAUUAUGAGGAACUUUUGGCAGCUACUUCGAACUUGAUGCCUGAGAAUCUGGUCGGAAGAGGUGGAAGCAGUCAGGUCUAUCAAGGGCGUCUCUCUGAUGGCAAGGAACUGGCAGUGAAAAUCUUGAAGCCAUCUGAUGAUGCAGUGAAGGAAUUUGCUUCGGAAAUUGACAUCAUUACUACCUUAAAUCACAAGAACAUAAUAUCCCUGCUCGGUUUCUGCUAUGAGAACAACAACCUUGCCUUGGUUUAUGAUUUUCUAGAAAGAGGAAGCUUAGAGGAGAAUCUUCAUGGUGAAAAGAAGGAUCCUCAUGCAUUUGGGUGGCGAGAGAGGUACAAGGUCACGGUCGGCAUAGCUGAGGCACUGGACUACAUACAUAACGGCUGUGCUCAACCAGUUAUUCACAAAGAUGUGAAGUCUUCAAACAUUCUUCUCUCUGAGGAUUUUGAGCCACAGUUAUCAGAUUUUGGAUUUGCCAGUUGGGUUGCAGAUCUGUCGUGUCAAGUGACCACAGACGAUGUUGCUGGAACCUUUGGUUACUUGGCUCCAGAGUACUUCAUGCAUGGCAAAGUGAGCGACAGAGUCGAUGUUUAUGCAUUUGGUGUUGUAAUUCUUGAGCUUCUAUCUGGUAGAAAGCCGAUUGGUGGUGAGUACCCAAAGGGUCAAGAGAGCCUGGUCAUGUGGGCGAAGCCCAUUUUACGGUCUGGGAAGGUUUCCCAAUUGCUAGAUCCGAGCUUGGGAAGUGAUUAUGACCAUGAACACAUCGGAAGAAUGGUUUUAGCCGCUACCCUUUGUGUCAGGCAUUCGCCCCAAACUCGUCCUGAAAUUAGCCUUAUAUUGAAGCUUCUCCAAGGCGAUGAGGAAGCAAUAAAGUGGGCAAGGGAACAAAUUAGUUCGUCAUCAGAACUCGAUGGUUUGGACGGGGAAGACUCCCCUGUUAGUACCAUCCAGUGUCACCUCAAUCUCGCCUUGCAAGAUUUGGAGGAUGACUCCCUUUCCACCAGCAGCACGGAGCAAAGCAUCUCAUUGUUGGAGGAUUACAUGCGGGGAAGAUGGAGUCGGUCCUCGAGCUUUGACUAAAACAGUUGUAUCUUUAGUCGAAGCCAGAGAGAGACAUCUGUCAAAUCUUCUUAUUUUUGUAUGUAAUCCAAUGGUUUUCGGUUUAUUUUCCACGGCUGGCUUUGAUGAGUUGAGGAUAGGUCUUGGAAGAGAGGUUUCUUUCGAAAGAUGUCUGCCCCCUCCUGGACUUUCUGGGUCUGCACGUUUCAGCCCACUUUGCAGGCAGUCGGUUUUGUUUUGGAAGUCGUUGCACCUUCUGUUUCGGCUCGAUUCGUGUCGUCUAAUUCCAAAUCGUUAGUGUAAAUCUCUGGUGUAGUAUCUUCCAAUUGUAAAUGAGGAAUUCUUCUGAUUAAGAACACAAGAACUACUACUGUUGCCGCUGCUUCAUCUUAAUACUCAGCUGUUGAUGUUAUUGGCAUUCUA